AGAGAGCAAGCCGAGAGGAGAGAGAGAACCGCCCACUCGCCUUUAUCUCUCUCUCCCUUCUCGCUUGCACACACUAAAACCCUCUUUCUCUCUCUACUUUCCCUCCUUUUCUCUUCAAUUUCCCCUCAUUUUCUAGGGUUUUUUUCUUCUACUUUUGUUCCAUACAAUCGCCUUAAAAUGAGUAAUAGCAACAAAGAUCAAUUCGACAUGUCCGAUCUCGGCGCCUCCCUCCUCACCGACACCGCCGCUCUCAGUGCGGAGGAUCGUGAUGGUCUAGUUAAUGCCCUAAAAAAUAAGCUUCAGAAUCUGGCUGGGCAUCACUCGGAUGUUCUCGAGAGUCUGACACCUAUGGUCCGGAAGCGCGUUGAGGUUCUAAGAGAGCUUCAGAGCCAACAUGAUGAGCUAGAGGCAAAAUUUUUUGAGGAAAGAGCAGCACUUGAAGCUAAAUACCAGAAGCUUUAUGAGCCAAUGUACACAAAGAGAUAUGAGAUUGUGACUGGUGUUGUGGAAGUUGAAGGAGUUCCAAGUGAAGCUAAUAUGGGCCAAGAAGAGGAUAAAGCCACAGAAGGGAAAGGUGUGCCUGACUUCUGGCUUACUGCCAUGAAGACUAAUGAAGUAUUGGCUGAGGAGAUCUCAGAGCGUGAUGAAGAGGCUCUCAAAUAUCUAAGAGAUAUCAAGUGGUGUAGAAUUGACGAUCCAAAGGGCUUUAAGCUUGAGUUUUUCUUUGACACUAAUCCCUUUUUCAAGAACUCUGUUCUGACAAAAACAUAUCACAUGAUUGAUGAAGAUGAACCUAUCUUAGAGAAAGCAAUAGGAACGGAGAUUGAAUGGCAUCCAGGUAAAUGCUUGACACAGAAGAUCCUAAAGAAAAAGCCAAAGAAGGGGUCGAAGAAUGCCAAACCUAUCACUAAGACUGAAAAUUGUGAAAGUUUUUUCAAUUUCUUCAACCCUCCGGAGGUUCCUGAGGAUGAGGAGGAUAUUGAUGAAGAUACUGCCGAAGAACUUCAGAAUCAAAUGGAACAAGACUAUGAUGUUGGUUCUACCAUUCGGGACAAAAUUAUUCCUCACGCUGUGUCGUGGUUUACGGGGGAGGCUGCUCAGGGGGAUGAGUUUGAAGAUAUGGAAGAAGAUGAUGAAGAUGGCGAUGAUGAUGAAGACGAAGAAGAUGAAGAUGACGAGGAAGACGAAGACGAAGAUGAAGAGGAAGGCAAGAGCAAGAGCAAGAGCAAGAGGAAGUCAUCUGGACCAAAGAAGAUAAGCGGAUCACUAGGUGGGGAAGGUCCGCAGGGUGAGCGUCCCCCAGAGUGCAAGCAACAGUAGCAUUAUAUUGCAGAAUAGGGCAUAUGGAGGAGGUGGUGCGGUGCUGGUGUCCAUGGUUUUUUUUUUUUUCUUAGUGUUCUGCAUCUUCGAUUUUCUCCGAGUCUAUUAAAUUGCCAUCAUUGUCUCUUUUUAGGGAGAGGACGUGUUCAGUUUGUUGGGGUCUCAGUUUUUCUGGUUUGCCAGGGGGAAUUUUAAAGAAAUCAUUCAACUAUUUAUGUUGCUUUUGUUCUUAAUGAUGAUCAUGUGGUAUUAUUAGGAUUUCAAAUGAAUGAAUUUAGGUUGAUUAUGUAAGAA